GCCGUCGUCCUCGAUGUUCAGCCUCUGUUUCGAGGCUGCUGAUCUUAGCUCCAUAAACCUUGAAUUUGUUUGGCGCAUCAAACAGGAGGACGUUUUCAUUCCUUACACGAGCCCCAGGCCGACCCACAAGGGAUGGGGUUAGAGACAUGGACUUAGCUACCACGCCAGUACUGCAGCUGCAAGUAUCAGCAAGUAUAUCCGCACGUAAAGCAUUUGCAUUCCCGUUUCUGUUGACCCUUCCUACGUUUCUCCUUUCUGCCUUGUUGCUGACCCUGCCUUGAACAUCAAACUUUUCUCGAGUUUGACAUUUUGUCUUUCUACUGCUCCGUUGACCGGAUUCUGUCUCUUCGUCCAAUAUCUUGACGACCCCUCUCUCUUCCGCUUCUAGUACUUUCUGUGAUGAGCACUCUGAGCCUCCUUGAGCUGGUAUCUUGUUAAUAUCUUAGCCCUUCAGAAUGCCAUCAUAUCACCGCCGGCGCCCGGUGCCAAUCCAAAUUGUCCCACGGCAGGCUACAACAACUAGUAUUAUAAGCCCAAAAUCUACGGAUAGCCCAUCCCCGACUUCAUCUGGAGGUCCGGAAUCCCCAGACUCUCCUUCUCCGACCGCAAGUUCAUUCCCGCCAUCCAAUAUUGUACCACCACCGGCAACUACGGAGGCAGCCCAAGUGGGAUCGUCAGCAACACCGCCACCUCCACCGCCUCCGCCACCUCCACCAUCACCGACUUCUACCAGUCAAGCCCCAGUGUCGAUAUCAUCAACGGAGCCUGGGAAAGUGUCGUCCGCUCCUACGCCUUCUUCACCAGUUCAAGCCUCCUCCAGUGCUGCUCAGUCGCUGCCUGAAGUAUCUAGCGCGUCUCGAGUAACCGUGAUAUCUACUUCCAGCCCAGCAGUAACCACUUCUGCUGCUCCAGCUAUUACUUCCACAGCUGCCUCAGACUUCGACUUCUCAAGUCAAAAUGCAGAGCCAGUCCAUCUCUCAACGACAUCAACGUCAGCUUCGGUAGCAAACUCUGCGCUUCCAGAUAACGACAAUGCACCAGGGAAAGAGCCAGCGCAAAGGCUCAAAAACGCACCCUCAGGGAUGAGCAAAGGCGCUGAAGCCGCCCUAAUCACCGUUUCUGUCCUCGGCGCCAUAGCUCUCUUUAUAGCCCUGAUAUUUUUCAUCAAACGGCGGCGUCGCCGCGCCCAAGAAACCCACAUGCGGCACGCAUCUGACGCGUUCAACCCCUCUAAUACAGGCUCUCUCCACACCCCAGAGACAAGUUACACGGACAGCAGCCACCUAACCCGCAGCACCACAACCACCAGUCCCCUAUUCGCCGCGGACCCCGACCACCGUCCGGAAACCGUUUCAACAGAUCCCUCAUAUUCACGCUUCCAAACCUUCCCAGCCACAACCACAGGCACGACUCCAGGCGGAAUCCAACCGCCCAUGCCGAGCGCAAAUCCCUUCGCCGACCCACCUAGGAAUAAAGCGUAUGAUGUACUCAGAGGACGCCCACGGUCGACGACGCUCACGGAUCGAGGUAGCUGGGUGCAGAAUCCGUUUAAGGAUCCCGUGAGCGAUCGGUUUGAUCCGUUUGGUGAGUUGCAAGAGAAGGCGAGGAGGGAGAGGUUGAGAUAUAUAGAGGAGUUGAGACGGGAGCAAGAGUUGUUGGAGAAGGAGAGAAUGGGGUUGGGGCUGGGAGGGGAUGCGAGGAAGGGGAGUGGGGUUACCGUGGAGGGGCUAGGAGUCUUAGAUCGAAGCGGGGACUCCAGGGGAUUUAGGUAG